AUGGGGGUCACUAUUACAAGGGAAAAGGAAGAGAAUUUCAUGCUGGAUUCAGAAAGAGAAAAGGAGCUCAAAGCCUUUGAUGACACAAAACUUGGAGUAAAAGGACUUGUUGAUGCAGGGAUCACUAAGAUUCCAAGUUUUUUUUAUCAUCCACCUGAUAAAUUCAAGAAGGCCUCAGAUUUAGGCUAUGAAGAUUAUAUUAUUCCCAUUAUAGACCUUGCAAAUAUUCAUGAAGAUCCUAGUGAAAGAAAAAUGGUUGUUGAAAUAGUUAGAGAAGCAUCAGAGACAUGGGGUUUCUUUCAGAUUGUGAAUCAUGGCAUCCCAAUCAGUAUUUUGGAGGAGAUGAUAAAUGGGGUGCUAAGAUUUUAUGAGCAAGAUAGUGAGAUCAAGAAGGAUUUUUAUACUAGAGAGCUAAGACCCUUUAUGUACCAUAGCAAUUAUAAUUUAUAUACCACAGCUGCUACUACUUGGAAGGAUUCUUUCUUCUGCAACAUUGCUCCUAAUGCCCCUAAACCAGAAGACUUGCCAGCUGUAUCCAGAGACAUACUACUGGAAUACUCAAAAGAAGUGAUGAAAUUAGGGACUUUAUUAUUUGAGUUAUUAUCAGAAGCUCUUGAUCUGGAUCCAACCUACUUAAUAGAUAUUGGUUGCACCGAGGGUCUUUUUGCUUUUAGCCAUUACUAUCCUGCUUGUCCUGAACCAGAAUUAACUUUGGGAACUGCAAAACAGGCUGAUAUUGAUUUCAUUACAGUGCUUCUACAAGACCAUAUAGGUGGCCUCCAAGUUCUUCAUCAAGACAUGUGGAUAGAUUUACCCCCUGUACCUGGGGCACUAGUUAUUAACAUUGGCGAUUUUUUGCAGCUUAUCUCAAAUGACAAAUUCAAGAGUGCUAAACACAGAGUAUUGGCCAAUCCUAUAGGUCCAAGAGUCUCUAUGGCAUGCUUUUUUAGCACAGGUCUUCAUCCGAAUUCAAGGAUUUAUAGUCCCAUCAAAGAUCUAUUAUCUGAAGACAAUCCAGCAAAAUACAAAGAAAUUUCAAUUGCAGAUUUUAUAUCUCACUAUAGUAAAAAUUGUAUGAAUGGUGAUUCUCCUCUACUGCAUUUCAGGAUUUGA